AGGCAUAUUCUGUGUAUGACAGAGAAGUAGGCUACUGCCAGGGGAGCCCCUUCAUCACUGGCCUAUUAUUGAUGCAGAAAAUGCCGGAAGAAGAUGCGUUCUGUGUGUUUGUGCGGCUGAUGUACGACUACAAGAUGAGGGACCUUUUCAAGCCAAGUAUGGCUGACCUUGGCCUCAGCUUCUUCCAGCUGGAGAGACUGGUGGAGGAACUAUAUCCAGCCCUUUACGCCCACUUCCAGACUAUGGAGUUCAUGACGUCCAUGUAUGCCAGUCCGUGGUUCCUAACCAUGUUUGCCUCCGUCCUCUCCCUCAACGUUGUCUUCAGAAUAAUGGACGUCUUCCUCAUGGAGGGUAGAGAUGUUGUGUUCAAGGUCGGUCUGGCUCUACUGGAACAUAGUCAAGAGCAACUUCUUCAACUGGACAUGGAGGAAAUGCUCAAGCACUUCCAGAAGGAGAUGAAGAGUAUUCACGAGAGGGAUCCGGACAAGCUGGUUAAGAAAGCCCAGCGCAUCAAACUCAACCCACGCAAGAUGAAAAAGACUGGAGAAAGACUACCAGGUGAGGAGAGAGAGACAAGCAAUGGAGAACAUGGAGCUACUGAGACUGCAGCAGUCUAAUAUUGAUCUACAGAAGUCUGUCAAGACACUGGAAAAGGAGUGCGGUUCACUGGCAGGCAAGCUGAUCCAGGGCCAAGUCUCACGGGCCCAGGAAGCAGAAGAGAUGUUCAUUCUCAAGAAGGAGUUGGCAAAGACACGGAGAAAACUGUCCGAGUUGGAGGAGAGACAGUCGCAGAAGGAGUCCACAGAGUCAAACGAGUCGCUUCACGAGGAGAGCCCGAAGAUAGUGAACGGAGGAGGGAGGGGGGACGAUGGCGGGGAGGACAGGGAGGAGGGGGAGGGGUUUGUUUUGGAUUGCGGCCCCGAGAUAAUGGUUCUGGAGGACGAGGAGGCAGCAGCGAGGCUGCAGGUCGUGACCCCUGACCACGUCACACGGGAAGAGGCACAGCAAGUGUUGAGGAAAUUGGGAGUCCAGUCCCCAGUCUCACCUGUCGAAUCUCUCCCUCCCGUCGUCGAGGGUGACGACAGUUGCCGUGGAAACACAAACAGAAGUAACCAUAACGGCGAGAAAAACACCCACUUCUCUGAGGGCAGCAGAAUUAACCCUGUCACCACUAACAGUCACCCUGUGGGGGGAGGACUUGCUCAGCCCCUAUCAUCAUCGGACGCCAAUCUCGUAGUAGCAGGAGUAGAACGGAGACGAAGGCGGUUAAACUCCGCCCACGACUCUGCGGCCGUGGCAGCGGAGUUACGGAGGACCCGGGCACAGGUGGAGGAGACGAUGGGAGAGCUGGCGAGGGUUAAACUGGAAUUAGCCGAGGCCUCGGCGCACAUGGAGCAGAAGAAGAUGGAGGCGAGACAGGCUCUGUUGAGAGAGGCACAGGCUGUGCGUGAGGCAGACUCUGCCAGGAACUAUGUUGCAGUUCUUGAGCAGAGGUUGUCAGAGAGCCAGAUGGAGAAGCUGUCGUGCCCUCACUGUAGCAAGAAGCUCGGCGAGAGUAGAACCAGUGACGACGGCAACCCCUCCUCCUCCUCUUCCUCCGAUGUUCUCUUUGCCCACCUGCGAGCCAUGUGGAACUCCCAGGUCGCCACGCCUCCAGGCAGCGGGUCACCGAGCAGGACACCUCGCUUCGGGACCUACCUGGACGUGACACGUGCAGUCUCUCACAGCCUCCACAUCCAGUGACGCGUGCUGUGUUGUAGUAAUUAAUGUGAGAGUCCAGGACGGCAUGGCUUGUAUUCCGAUUUUCUUCAUCGCUCAAAUUUCACUCCUCAAGAAAAAAUCAUAUUCAUGUGCUGGCUGUACAUAAAUAUUUUGUCAUACAUGAUCAUAACAAUUAUCUAUUAUACUGUCAUAAUUCAGUUAAAAAGAGAAUGUGUAUUAUAAUUAUGCCGAAACCAUAAUAUAUUAUACAUUAUAUAGCCCUAUAGUGUCUCAAUAUGGGGCACUUCAACUGCAUUCUACCAACUCACAUUCAAAACAAUAAGGGGAUUUUGGUGCAUAUAUACACAUGAUAGCAAUGUGUACAUGAGAUGUGCAUGUGCUAUUUAUAGAUACAUGCAAAACAAAAUGCCCGCUGGCCACUCUGGAGUGACCUAAAGAAAGCCUUGAGAUGAGGCUAUGGUCUCUCUCAGAAUCCCCUCCCAGUCUCCUCCCUUGUCCAGGAGCAGUUUUCUCUCCUUCUUGCCCGCCAGCUCCGUCACCCAGGCAGCAGGUGGGACAGGGACGCUUACUAGCGACAGAGUCUCGGGAAAUUUUGCAGGGCUCGCUGUCGAAAACACGACCACAACUUUACAUCUCUCGGCGGGUGGUCCCGUCUCCCCCCCUAUCCCUACGUCACCAUUUUGACUGGUCGAAGUUGCAUAUUCUGCGGCUGGUUUCCACGCCACAGCGGUGUGGGGACACACGGCAUAUCCAAACUCCCUCCACACGCUCUUCAUGGUCUCCAGACAUUGCUCCUUGUUCACACUCGCAGUGAGAAAGUGACGGAAGCUGUCGCAGAUUUUCCCCGGUAGAACGCUCUUUUGAGUCUGCUCGAAAUCCUCCAUCACUCUUUUCAAUGCCGCCGCGUCACCGUUCAGAGCAAAGUAGAAGACACGCUCGAUGUUGUGCGGGAGGUUGGAGUCAAGUGAAGGAGCGUGGGUUGGGAUCUGAGCCCUGGCUAUAGAGAAAUCUCCGAGAGUGAACGCGCGGUGAACGACAUCGUUUUCGUUGACGGCCGACAGGAUUUUUAUAGGGACACCCAUUUCGGCAGCCAUAACACCACCGGCUGCGUUCCCCACCCCACCCGUUGGUACUGAC